GCGUAUAAAAACCCCGACCAGAAAAGGUCACAUCGAAAACAUAACUCUGCUUUUCCCUCUGGUCAAUUACUUUCUGAUCAUCCGCGAUUCAAUCGGAGUUGCCUCCUUCAGUUAAAGAUGAGUGAAAACAGUGGAGCUGAUUCCUUGCCUGCAAACCACCCUGCACCCCACCCCACACCGAGGUUGAAUGAGAGGAUCCUUUCAUCUUUGUCUAGGAGAUCAGUCGCUGCUCAUCCAUGGCACGAUCUUGAGAUUGGUCCAGGAGCACCAGAAAUAUUUAAUGUUGUGAUAGAGAUCCCGAGAGGCAGCAAAGUGAAGUAUGAGCUUGACAAGAAAACUGGUCUGAUCAAGGUUGAUCGUGUUCUGUAUUCCUCAGUCGUAUAUCCUCACAACUAUGGCUUCAUUCCUCGAACCCUAUGUGAAGACAAUGACCCCAUCGAUGUAUUAGUCAUUAUGCAGGAACCUGUCAAUCCCGGCUGUUUUCUUCGUGCCAAAGCCAUAGGCUUGAUGCCCAUGAUUGAUCAGGGAGAAAAAGAUGAUAAGAUCAUAGCAGUAAGUGCUGACGACCCCGAGUAUCGCCACAUCAAUGAUAUCAGCCAGCUUCCACCUCAUCGCCUUGCAGAAAUCCGGCGCUUCUUCGAAGACUACAAGAAGAAUGAGAACAAAGAGGUCGCAGUGAACGACUUCUUGCCUGCAUCUGCAGCUGUCGAUGCAAUUCAGUAUUCCAUGGAUCUUUAUGCCGAAUACAUCCUGCAUACUCUGAGGAUGUAAAAGAACGCAAUGGAUGGCUAGAGAUUUCGUUCGCAUUGCCGAACCCGGGUAUGUUUUGCAUACAUUUCGGUUAAAAUAAGAUUAAAAGAGCAUUCUGAUUUAUCAUGAAUUGCAAUUUUAUGACGAAUUAGGAGGAUUGAUUGGGUGGGCGGGUGGGUGGCUUUGUUCACAUCUAAGUCAUGGAUUCUGUUGCUAAUACUCACUCAUUCUGCACUAAAUAUAUUUUUCUGGUAUUUUCUACAUAAUGAACUAUCUCCCUCUCAUGUGAAAUCAAGAAGUUACCGGGGUUGGCUGUGGGUUUCCACGUCAUCCAAAAAAUAAAAAAAAGUUACCGGGGCUUGAACAUGUGACCAUAAUAUUAUGGAUUUAAACCCCCGACACCUCGGGUUAU